CUCCAGCCCAGCAGGAACACCCAGCUCAGCCUCCAGAGCAUCAUGAGUUGUCAGUUUCACCUCCAGGUCACCAUCAUGCUCACCAUUUACUCUUUCCCAAUGUCACUGUCAAACCUGCAGAUGUGCAGCUUACCAUAACAGGAGAACCCACUACAGAGAUGGGACCUUCUCCAGUUCAGCAUGAGGUCCCAACUCUGCCUCAUGAGAAACCUCCAACACAGCAGGAGACCCCAGCUCAGCAUCCAAAGCCCACUGAGGGGGUCAGACCUCCAGUCCAGCAUGAGCAUCCAGCUCAGCCUCCAGAGUCCUCUACAAAUGUUCUUGCUCAACCUUCAGUACAUCCUGAGGUAACAUUCUCAUCUCUAGGUCUGGGUGAAGCUCAGCAUCCAAUGUUGCCUAAUAUCACAGUUAAACCUGUGGAUCUGGAGGUUGUCAUAACUCCAGAGCCCACUAGGGAGGUUGAACAUUCUCCAGUGCAACAGGAGGCCCCUACUCAGUCUCCAGUUCUCCCUGAGCAGGUUGAAUUUUCUCCAGCGCAGUCUAAGCCCCUUUCCCAGUCUCCAGAGUCCCCUGAGAAGGUUGAAUCUUCUCUAGGCCAACAAGAGGCCAUAGCUCAGAGUCCAGAUCCCCCUAAGGAGGUGGAACCUUCUUUAGUCCAACAGGAGGCCCCACCUCAGCCUCCAGAGCCACCUACGGAGAUCGUAGCACAACCUCCAGUCCAUAAUGAGAUGACAGUUCCACCUCAAGAACAGGACCAAGCUCAUAAUUCAAAUUUGCCCAAUGUCACUGUUAAACCUGUUGACCUAGAGCUUACCAUAACUUCAGAACCUACCGUGGAGGCCGAACAUUCUACAGCGGUGCAGCAGACUACAGCUCCUCCAGAUCACCCUGAGGUAACACUUCCACAUCCAGAGCAGGUUCAGGAUCAGCAUCCAAACCUGACUGAAGGCACAGUUCAACAUUUGGAUGUGGGGCCUACUAUAACUCCAGAACCUACGACAGAGGUUGAACAUUCUACAGCCCUGCAGCAGACUACAGCUCCUCCAGAUCACCCUGAGGUGACACUUCCACAGCCAGAGCAGGUUCAGGAUCAGCAUCCAAACCUGACUGAAGGCACAGUUCAACCUUUGGACGUGGGGCCUACUAUAACUCCAGAACCUAUGACAGAGGUUGAACAUUCUACAGCCCUGCAGCAGACUACAGCUCCUCCAGAUCACCCUGAGGUGACACUUGCACGGCCAGAGCAGGCUCAGGAUCAGCAUCCAAACCUGACUGAAGGCACAGUUCAACCUUUGGACGUGGGGCCUACUAUAACUCCAGAAUCUACGGCAGAGGUUGAACAUUCUACAGCCCUGCAGCAGACUACAGCUCCUCCAGAUCACCCUGAGGUGACAAUUCCACAGCAAGAGCAGGCUCAGGAUCAGCAUCCGAACUUGACUGGAGUCACAGUUCCACCUACGGACGGGAAAGUUACCAUAACUCAGCAACCAGGGUCAUCUGAGACAAUUCUUUUACCUCCAACAACUCAGCAUUCUACAGACUAUACUAUAGAAGAGGCACACCCAACUGAGCAACCAGAACAGAAUGCCACCAAAACCAUCAAGAUCUGUGAGCUCUGUACCUGUAAAGAUGAGGCGCUGUCGUGUGUUGGUCUCAGGCCAAAGGAAAGGCUCCGCACAGUGCCUGUGCCAGAGCCCUACAACGGCACCUUCACCAUCUUAAAUUUCCAAGGAAACUCUAUUUCUUACAUUGAUGAAAAUGUAUGGCGUGCAUACCGGUGGGCUGAGAAACUAAUUCUCAGUGACAAUUUUUUGAGUGAAUUACAUAAGGAUUCAUUUGAAGGCCUGCUAUCCCUCCAGUAUUUAGAUUUAUCCUGCAAUAAAAUACAAUCUAUUGAAAGACGUACAUUUGAACCACUACCUUUUUUGCAGCUUAUAAAUCUUGGUUGCAAUUUACUCACAGAACUGAGCUUUGGAACAUUUCAGGCCUGGCAUGGAAUGCAGUUUUUACACAAGUUAAUUCUCAGUCGUAAUCCUCUGACAGCUAUUGAAGAUUCUUAUCUUUUUAAGUUGCCAGCAUUAAAAUAUUUAGACAUGGGAACCACACAAGUGACACUUACAACCAUUGAGAGCAUCCUCAUGAUGACCCUUGAACUAGAAAAACUGAUCUUACCUAGCCGUAUGGCCUGCUGCCUCUGCCAAUUUAAAAAUAAUAUUGAGGUGGUCUGCAAGACAGUCAAGCUACAUUGUGACAGUGAAUGUCUGACAAACACCACACGUUGUGAUGAAGAAAUAUCUAUAGGGAAUGCAGAAGGAUCGUUCAUGAAGGUAUUACAAGCCCGGAAGAAGAACACCAGCACUGAGCUGACUAUUGAGCCAGAGAGAGAAUCCUCAGACAGAAAUGGCGUCAGUUUGUCAGCCUUCGUGAAUGAGCAGCUAGACUUUAAUGAUGAAAGCGAUGUUAUCAGUGCACUAAAUUACAUAUUGCCUUAUUUCUCGGAGGGAAAUCUAGAAGAUGUAGAAUCAACAUUAUUACCAUUCAUUAAGCUUCUUUUUUCAAAUGUACAAGAUGGAGAUAAACAGGAGAUGGGUCAUUUGAAAAACAGCUCAAAGAAACUUUCUCUUAGUCAUGAAUCCAACAAUUCGACUUACAAAAAUAAAUUGAGGAGACUCUAUUUUCUGGAAAAUUUGUUAGAUGCAGAAAUUCAAGAAAAAAUUGAUGAGGUUAAAAAGAGAGAAAAAAUUGCCAUGCUUAUACAUUCCAACCUUUUAGGUCCCAAAUUUAAACGCCAGAUCUUUCAAAAGAAAUUGGAAAUUGCCCAACCACAGGAAAACAGCCUAGCAAAGAUUCAAAGUGUAGGGAAAAGGCUGCUGAGAGUGAACAGGGUCCUCAAGGGCCCAAAGGGCAUACAGAAAAGACACUUCAAAGAAGUGGGAGAUCAGAGCAUCAAGAGGAAACAGAAUUCCCAGCCAUUUGUGGAGAACAUUGCCAAAGAAAGAAGGCUCAGGAGGCCAUCCCCAAGGGAGCUGGAACAGCCUCACAUGGUAGGGAGGCCCAGGAAAUUAGUGGGAAACUCCUUCAACACAGAGCCUUCAUCCUUAAAGGAAGAUAAGGCGGCAGUCUCUUCUUUUCUGAAACAAUACUCCAUGGGAAGCCCUUCUGACUCUGCUGCUCUAGAAUCCCCAUCUGAGGUUAAAAACAAAUCAAAAGACUUAAGCUACACUAUUUUUGUUUUAGAAGAUGCAAAUGCCAGAGUUAGAAAUAUGAAGGCUUCUAAACCAAUAGCACAUUCCAGAAAAAAAUCCCUCUUUCAUAAAACUGGCUCUCGUGUGGUCCACGGAACACCCAAGGCCAAAAUGAGUCAAAAGUUCAGCAAGAAAGGUUCACUCAAUAGACUGAUGCUUGCAAAGAGGCCUCCGUUCUCUGCAGUGAGGAGCCUCAUAAACUCCCCUCCACGAGAGGCUUUUUCAUCUUCAGAACUGACUUCUCAGGAAAAUCCUUUUCCAGAAUCAUCUUCUCUUACAGAACCUUCUGCAGAAAACACUACUGCAGAAAAUGUUUUUGAAGAAAAUAGUCCUGCAGAAAACACUACUGUGCCGGAAGAAACUGUCCCUGAAAUCACUGCCAGGGAGAAUGUUUCCACUGCAGAUUCUGCUGUUACUACAGACAACUUUAUGCCAACUGUUAAACAAACCAAUGAAACACAGUGGGAAUACCACAAUGUGGGCACUGACUUACCCUCCAAGCCCAAGGGUUUCACUUUCCCAUUGCUUUCAUCCCCGGGUGAUCAAUUUGAAAGUCAGCUAAACCAGCAGCUUCGGUCCCUCAUCCCCAAUAAUGACGUGAGAAGGCUCAUUUCUCAUGUCAUCCGGACUUUGAAGAUGGACUGCUCUGAGACCCAUGUGCAACUGGCCUGUGCCAAGCUCAUCUCCAGAACAGGCCUCCUGAUGAAGCUUCUCAGUGAGCAGCAAGAAGUAAAGGUGUCCCAGGCAGACUGGGAUACAGACCAAUGGAAAACUGAGAACUACAUCAAUGAAAGCACAGAAGCCCAAAGUGAACAGAGAGAGCAGGAGUCCAGUGAGCUCACGAAAGAAGUUCCAGGAUAUGGCUAUAACAACAAAGUCAUCUUGACGAUAUCUGUGAUUGCAGUAGUGAUGAUUUUGAUUAUAAUUUUCUGUCUCACUGAGAUUUAUUCUCAUAGAACAGCACCAGAGGACAGUAAAGAAGGAAGCUCAAGCUCAAGGUAAAUAUUGGUCUGGCAG